AUGAUGGAUGGAACACGGGAGGAGGAUGGGAUGCUGGAGGAGGGAGUGGAGGAGGAUGGAAGACAGGAGGAGGGAGCACAGGACAACGGAACGCAAGAGGAGGCAGCGGAGGAGGGUAUACCAGAAGCGGAGGAGGAUGGAACGCAGGAAGCGGAGGAGGAUGGCACGCAGGAAGCGGGGGAGGCUGGAACACAGGAAGUUGGGGAGGAUGGAACACAGGAAGCUGGGGCAGUGGUGAUGGUGGAGCCAUGGUGGUGUCGACAGGUGGCGGCGGCAAAGGGGAUGGCAUUCAGGGAGGCGACCCGCGGGGGCGGUUUGAUGGGGGGGGGCGCGCAGCUUCAGCUCCAGCCACCUAUUGGGGCAGACCGGAUUCCUUUGGCGACGAUCCCCCUGAGGGCUUCGACGAGGUCAUGA